AUGCCGAGGCCAGAAUCCUAUCCACCCCAGCCGCAGAUGCCGCAUCGCCCCUUCUGCUUAAGCGUAAAAGGCCACGUGAAGAUGAUGCGUCUGGAUGUCCUCAACUCCUUGGUAACAACAGUGUUCUUGAUGAUUGUAUCUGUAUUGGCACUGAUCCCAGAAACCACGACAAUGACAAUCCUUGGAGGAGAUCUUAUGAACAGCAUCAUUACAGCUGCAUUCCUUUUCAUAGUCGCCAUCUUGGCGAUGCAAGAAAAGAACAGAAGGAGGUUGUUCUAUAUUGGAGGGUCUCUGUGCCUCGCAGCGGCAGUCGUGUGUGGCGUCGAUGCCUUUGUGGUCACCAAGAAGAUGAGGUCGGCCUUGAAAUCACUGCUGCAAAUCAAAGACAACAAAACGUCAGCUCCGGGGCUAGGACAGUCCAAGAUGCACCUGUCCUCGACCCCAUACUCCCACCCCACCAACUACUGA